GGUCAUUUUAGGAGUCCGGGUGUGUGAACCCGUUUUUGGAGGCCUAACCUAACCCUAGCCGCUCACUUUUUUCACUCGUUCUACCUCUCCUUUUUCAUCCUCUACAAUCGACGAUCCAACAAAAGAAAGAACGAAACAAACCUUUCUCCUUCCAUUCUUCUUCUCACUCGAUCCCCUCUUCUUUCUUCGCAAUCCAUCUCCUCAUGACUCCCAUUCCUCGAUCUGUCUUUCCUCUAUUCUUCCCUAGGAACAACGAGGGGAAGGACCGAAGGGACGGUCGACAGCAGCUAAAGGAAGACGGCGAUCGACACCGAUGACGACACCAACGAGGGUGACGGAGAGGGUGGAGAGAGAGCAUGACUGGACAGAAAGAGGGUCACCGCCGACGAGCACUGACAGUGUUGCCGACGGCAGACAUGGCAGGGUUUUUGCUCUUCGCUCUGUUUGUUCAGAGACGGGAAGGUGGGGAUGAAGAAAGAAGGGAGUGGUUUUUGCAGAAUUUUCGGUUGUCUUGUCUUUUGAUCAGAAAAGAAAAAGAAGAAGGAAGAAGAAGGUGUCAGGUAAAGGAAGAGAGUCAGGGGAGUUUUUCUUGUUGUCUGUGUGUUCCUCUUUUUUGUUUGGAAUUUUGAGGAAGAAGGAGCCGAACAGCAGAAGGAAGGAAGUGACAGAGAAGAAAAGGUUCAGGGAAUGUUUUUUUUUUUGGUUCUGCCCUCCUUUUUGCCAGAGCUAAAGAGCUCGUUUUAUAGCCAAAAAUCAUGUGUUGGCACAAUGUAAUUGGAUUUCAGAGGUUAUAGGGGCAAAUGGUGUUGCAAAUCUGAGUUUUGUGUAUGGACGUGUGAUUAUGAAUAGAUUAGAGGGGUUUCCCUUGAAACAAAAUCGAGUCUUGCUUGUCUAGCUUAAUUACAGCCUUUUAUUGAGUGAAGUUUUGAUGGUUUCAAUCA